AUGUCUGCUACCAAUCAGAAAGGGCGUUGUCGUGGGGGUCUGAGAGAUGAAGGUUCCUUGGAAAGCUUGCGAGCGGAUGGUUGUUGCUCGCUGUCUUCUCCUCCUGGGCAGCCUGAUGCCGGAGACCCCUGUUGCAAUCGGGAAACCAAGCGAUCUGAGGCUCAGCGGUCAUGUUGCAAUCUAAAAACCAAAGCGACGGAUGCACUACAAUCCUGUUGCAAUCAAAAAUCCAAGGAUAGAGAGGCUGUAGCGACACCAGCAGCAAUGAUAGCAGACGGACAAUGUCCAACCCAACAGGAAUGCAACAGGUUAGAAAGCCCUCAUGACGGAUGCGGAAGCCAUGGAGAAAGCACGGGCACUAAUAUCGGUAGUAGAGGAAGAGACAUGGACCAAAACAUGGUUGACAGCGGCUGUAAGGAGAAGCAGGCGAACAGCAACUGGGAUAAGGGGAAAGAAAAAGAACAAUCUUGCUGCAGCAAAGACGGAGCAUGUAGCAAACCCAAAGAUCUGUUUUCCCCCGGUCCGCUUUCCUUGAUAUCUGCAGACAACACUGGGUUGGACUUGUGCUGCUCAGGACCUAUUGUUACAGAAGAUACAGACGUGAUCGAACAACAUCCCCUGCCUUUUGUUGGAGAGGAUACAUGCUGUACAACAGACGUUGACUGCGAGUGCUCAGAGGAAUGUCUCUUAGAGUACGCCUCAUAUCUGUGCUCUGUGAACAGCGAGCAUAGAGGGGAUCAGGCCUUCUUUCCAAAGGAAGAUGAAUGCUGCACCGGCAAGAAGUCUUCAGAUGAGCCCAAAAUGGUACCGGUUUCACCAGGGUCAGCCCCUCGCAGAAGCUUCGAGCUUCCACCUCGGCGUCCUGGUCAUAUUCUCCAGAAACUGACGGCAAUGACAUGCACCAAACAUUUAAAUAUGGCCGCAGAAUACGCUUCAGGUAUUGCCCCCGGGGCAGGACUGGGUAAUAUAUCCUCUACCGUUGCUGCGUCUAUCAGAGCUGCUGAAGCCUCCUACGUCUCCAACAUCAGCAACAUUAUCCGACGAUGUUUCUGCAGAGGCCCUCGUCGCUUCCCAUUCCCUGGCGAUAAAAGCUGCUGCAUGGUUCGUCGCGAACGCAAGCAAAGUCUCGCAGAGCCCUUCCGCGAUUCUACCUCUCCCUGCUCCAAGUUGUUGUCCACGGAUGAAAUCGAUACGAUUCCGGCUCCACCUCAACGAUCUCCGCAAACCGAUGUUGAGAAGGGAAAUGUCGACCAUCUCCACGCUCUCUCGCUUGGCGUGGUUGGGAUGACCUGUGUCGGGUGCGAAUCGAAGCUGCGGAAUACCUUGAACUCAUACCCCGGUAUAAGUGAAGUGCGAACCAGCUUUAUCCUGAACCGUGCGGAUAUGAUAUACGACCCUUCAAGAGUCAGUGACCCAGCAGAAAUUAUAUCUAGAGUUAAGAAGGUUACCGGUUUUACAUGCACGAUCCUUCGAACCGGGCUUGCAGGGGAUGCUGUCGUUGGGGAGCGAGUACAUAUCAAGAAUCUCAGCUCGAAGGGACGGGAUGUUAUUCAGCAGAUGGAGGGAGUAAGCCAUGUCGCCCUGCUUCGUGAUGCAACCUAUGAAGUUUUUUACAACCCCCAAACCGUUGGUAUCAGGGAUAUUCUUGAAGCGGGAAUUGUGCAUGUUGGAGGAUCCGAACCAUGCGCGGAACUAGUUCCAAACAGCUCUUCUGAAGAAAUUGCGGAAGCUACUGAAAAUGCACACUGGCUUUGGCUGAUUGUUCGCUCUUUGGUAGCUACUGUGUUUACAAUUCCGGUGCUGGUGUUUGCGUGGACUCCAGUUGCCAGAUAUUCUCCUUUCCCGAAACAAACGUCAUUCAUUUCCUCGUCCUUCGCUCUAGCAACAGUCGUACAGCUACUUGCAAUUCCCAUUUACCAAUAUGCUUUUCGAUCUUUGAUCUAUCAGAAAGAAAUAGAUAUGGAUGUCCUCGUCGUAUUGUCUAUUACAAGCGCUUAUAUCUAUUCUGUGGUAGCGUUUGUUUUUGAAGUUCGUCAGUCGACCGAAUUUACAGCAUUGGGCCAUCCUAUCUUUGAGACUAGCUCAUUGCUGGUUACUCUAAUACUGUUAGGCAGACUAAUGGCGGCAUGGGUUAAAAGGAAGGCUCAAAACGCUAUCAAAUUGGGUACAUCGCAAUCAAAAUCCGCGCGUGUCAUCAGAAGAGCAUCUCCCAGGCAUAGUUUCCAUUCCGGUCCCUUGACAAAUCUAGAAGACGGCGAAACUGAAUUUAUUGAUAUCUGCCUCCUUCACUACGGAGAUAUCAUUCAGGGAAUGGCAUCUGAACAAAUAGUUACUGAUGGGAUCAUCGUUAACGGAAGCGCUGAGAUUGACGAGGCACAUAUCACCGGGGAGAAUGUCCCCGUCGUUCGUACAACGAAGGCGUAUGUAUAUGCCGGGUCAACCAUUAUCAACGGCCAGAUCAAUUAUCGAGUUACAAGACUCGUAUCUGAGAAUACUCUAAGCAUCGUCAAGCGUCUUGUCUCCACAGCCGCAUCAUCUAGAACAAAAACACUAGAGAGAGCUGACCUGGCUGCUUCGUUCUUGACCCCUAUCAUCCUUGUCGUGGCAUGCAUCUCAUUUCUCGUCUGGGUCCUUGUCAACCGAUUUGCAAGAGACUGGGCUGAUACAGAAUCAUCGAUCAAUGCCCUUACACAUGCGAUUGCAAUCCUUGCUAUCAGCUGCCCGUGCGCUUUGGCACUGGCAGUCCCGAUGGUCCUCGCUGUUUCAAGCACAGUAGCGGCGAAGAAAGGGGUCAUUUUUAAGACCGGAGAAACUCUUGAAGUCGGGCGCCAAAUUACCCACGUCGUUUUUGAUAAAACAGGGACCCUGACAUCCGGCGAGCUAUCUGUCAUCCGUGAAACUCUUCUCUGUGAAGAAUCUGGUAAAACUCGACAAGAAAUCAGCAGGAUGGCGGCGAUGCUCACAAAAGGGAAUCGCCAUCCCGUAUCUCUGGCAAUCGCACAAUAUAUAGCUAAAAAUGGCACCCAGGCGAGCGUGUGUGGCGAGUUAGAACCCACGAUAAUAGUAGGAAAGGGGGUUGAAAUAGCCACCAAGAAAGGCACAAUAAAAGGGGGUAGCCCAUCCUGGUUGGGAUUGGAAAACCAUCCAAAAGUCAAACAACUGCUCAAUGAAGCCCUCACAGCCUUCUGCGUGACACAAAACGGUGCCCUCUUGGCCGUCUACGGGCUGGCCGGUACCAUCCGCCCUGAAGCAGUCGGUGUUCUCCAGAAGCUUCGCAGCAAGAAAAUAACCACCCAUCUCCUCUCAGGAGACAACCCAUCUGCCGUCACUGCUGUUGCUGCGGAGCUGAAUUUCGAUAUGGAUAACGUCCGCAGCCUUUGCCAGCCCGACAGCAAAGCGGCAUAUAUCCGCAACUUACAAACACCCUCCAUGCCCGAACUCGCCACUCCGCCCAGAUCUCGCUUCUGGCUCCGUCCCCGAUUGCAAUCACAGAACAACAAAGUCCUUUUCAUCGGGGACGGCACCAAUGACGCCCCGGCGCUCUCCCAAGCCGAUCUAGGAAUCUGCAUGACAAAUGCAACAGAUAUCGCCGCAGAUGCAGCAGACGUAGGCAUUCUCUCUGGCUCCCUGCACGGGCUGCUAUCCUUCCUAGAGCUCUCGCGCACGGCAACCCGUCGGAUUCAGAUUAAUAUCGCGUGGGCGGUGGCGUACAAUGCGUUUGCGGUGUUGUUUGCAUGCGGUGCGUUUGAGGCUGUGGGAUUUAGGAUCCAGCCGAGCUAUGCGGGCGCUGGAGAGAUGGUGAGUCUUGUGCCCGUGAUUGUGGUUAGUUUGAGUUUGGGGUUCUCGCUGUCAUGGCUGUUUGGUAGGCGGGCGACAUAG